UGUCGGUGUUUAUAGCUUUCGUUCAACGGUUGCAUGACGUCGCUUUCUCAUCCUGCUGUUAUAGUCCUAGACAUAAACAAGGAUGUAGAUGAAGAUGAAACUUGCUCAGGGUUGGGAACUAGCUACAGUAGCUACAUCUUCAUGCUGAGAACAAGUUAAGAAUCUAUUGAGGACAUAAUGAACGAGGAGAAACACGCUCAGCCAGAGAUGCUUCUGUUCCUAUCCCUGCUGUUCUGCUGUGUGCCACUAGGAGGAAACACCUCACCAAUCACCUGCUACAACGACCAAGGAGAUGCAGUUGAUUGGUUCUAUGUGUACAAGCUGCCUAAAGAGCAUGGCGAGAAAUCUCCCCAUCAGGGUGAGCUGUAUAUACUGCUAGACAAAGGGAGUGAAGGAUGGACUAAUGGGAAGGGGACAGUGAACGACACCACAGGAGCUCUGGGUAGUACAGUCGGACAACUGUACUCACAAGGAAAGAACACAGAAGUAGCGUACAUCCUUUACAAUGACCAGCCACCUGAGGACUUUGGUGACAGAUGGGUUGACAACAGUGGGGGAAGUGGGGGUCACACAAAAGGUGUUGUCUUGCUGGAUAAGAAUCAGGGCUUCUGGUUGGUCCACAGCACCCCUCACUUCCCUCCUGCACAACAGGAAGGACAGUAUUAUUACCCCAGCAGCGGAGUGAACAACGGACAAAACUUUAUCUGCGUUACCUACCCACUCGACCGCUUCCAGACCAUCGGAGAGCAGCUUCAGAUCAAUCAGCCUAAUGUGUACGACUGCAACGUCCCAGAGUCCUUAGCGUCCCUGGUGCCCGCGCUGGCUGCUGUCUGUGCAAAAAAAUAUCUGUCUGGUCACAUCUUUCCACAUGUCAAAACUGUAUCCAAUCGCAGCGUGACUCUGACCUCAAAGGAUGGCACCGACUUCAUCAGCUUUGCCAAAGGAGCCUCUUUUAAAAAUGACCUGUACCACUCCUGGGUGGCCCCCAGCCUCCAGUCAGACCUCCUGGUCCAGUUCUGGGUUCGCUCUACGGGCAUCCUACCCUCUGACUGCUCGCUGGGCUGGAAGGUCCUGGACAUCACGAUCAUCAACCCGGGCCAGACGUUCACCUUCAAGGCCAGCCAGGACCACUCCAAGUGGGCUGUCAGCCCCAAGGCAGCCGGGUCAAAGGGCGGAGGAGGCUGGGUGUGUGUGGGAGACAUAAACAGGAACGAGGCGGAGGAGAAGCGAGGCGGUGGCACGGUGUGUCUGCAGAACCCGGUGGUGUGGAAGGCUUACCGGACAGCGGCGCUGGAGUGUGAGGCUUGUGGAGGAGGAACGAUCCAGUGUUGACACCCUGCGGGAGCCCGAUGGGUUAAGGAAAGGGCCGUCAUUUGAUAAGGCUAAUAUCCGGCAUGUGGGUUUUUAAGUGAAAUGUUUGCACUUAUUUGGUACAAUGUGUAUAUUUCUUGUCAGAAAUAUACAGUAUAGUAUAUAUAUUCUAUGUCAGGAGAAAUCAAAUCAAAAAACACAUAUGCAUUUAUAAUUAAGGAUCUGUUCUACAAUUUUACAUGUCUGUGAUAAUCACAAUUUUUUUUAAAGGUCCCCUGUGGAGUUAUGGAUCACUAUUAAUGUUAUGGAGCAAUAUUUUUGUGUGGGCUUAUCUGCACUUGGGCAUGUGCAUCAGACCCUCAAUAUAAUACAUUCAUGAUCAGGACCCUAGCAAAUUUGAGUGGCCAAACCAUGGAAUUACAACGUCACGUGAUGGCUCAAAAAGACCCCCCCCACCCCCCAAAUAGACUUCCAUGGUGAAAGAGACGUCUGUAGAUCAGUGGGUCCAUUUUUUUUUUUUUAGCGUCACAA